UCCCUUUUUUUCCUUUUUCUUUUUUCUUAUUCUUAUUCCUUCUCCAUUAAAAUAAUUAAUAGCAAUAAAAUAAAAUAAAUAGUGAUAAAAAUCAACACAUCGCGUAAUCUCAAGAAGGAUCAAUUCCAUUCCUUUGAAGGCGGCCAUAGAAGAAAGGAGAAAAAUUCUCUGAAAUUUAUUUUGGUGUUUUUGGAUAAUUUUUUCAUUUAAAAUUUUUUUUUUUUUAAAGAAGUUUCAGAGGUUUAGAGAGAAAAACAGAGAUGAAGAUCACAGCUUUGAUGGUGUUGAAAUGCAAUCCAGAAGGUUCGGAUCCUGUGAUCUUAGCAAACGCUUCUGAUGUUAACCAUUUUGGGUAUUUUCAGAGAUCUAGCGUUAAGGAAUUCAUGGUUUUUGUGGGUCGAACUGUUGCUAAAAGGAACCCACCUGGACAACGACAAUCUGUUCAGCAUGAAGAAUACAAGGUGCAUUCAUACAAUCGAAAUGGUUUAUGUGCUGUGGGCUUCAUGGAUGAUCACUAUCCAGUUCGAAGUGCAUUUUCACUGCUCAACCAGGUUCUGGAUGAGUAUCUGAAGAAUUUUGGUGAGUCAUGGAAAACGGUUCAAAGCGACAAUGCUCAACCAUGGCCUUAUCUGAAUGAAGCUCUAGCCAAAUUUCAGGAUCCUGCUGAGGCCGAUAAGCUGUUCAAAAUUCAACGAGAGUUGGAUGAAACAAAAAUUAUUCUCCAUAAGACAAUUGACAGUGUCUUAGAACGUGGUGAGAAGCUAGACAGUUUGGUUGAGAAGAGUUCAGAUCUCAGUGCUGCUUCACAGAUGUUCUACAAGCAGGCGAAGAAAACCAAUUCAUGCUGUACAAUUUUAUAGACUGUUCUCUGAAAAUGAAAGGGGGCAAUUCAACCACGGAUAAACUUGUGUCUAUGUUGCAUAUGAAGUAUCGGAGAAUUGUUUGUUUAUAUCAUCUAUGAUAUUCUGUAAGCUUGAAUUCUUUUGUUCUCUAUUGUAAUAUGAUCUCAGAUGAAGAGAGAG